AUGCCCAAGGAAAUUCGUGACAUUAAGCAGUUCAUCGACAUCGCGCGGCGAAAGGAUGCGUCCUCUGCACGCAUCAAGAAGGUCGCCUCGCGCGUCCCCGGCGCAAAGGAGAAGACGAAGUUCAAGAUCCGCUGCUCACGGUAUCUCUACACCCUCUCUCUUGAUGACCCAGAAAAAGCCGAGAAGCUCAAGCAGUCUCUCCCUCCUGGUCUGAACGUCAUCGACAUCAAAAAGACGCCCAAGAAGAAAUAG